AAUUUUUCUGUUCGACAACCUUCCACGUCAUUUUGCUAAAAUUUUGUGAAAAAAUAUAAAGAUUUUAUUGUACAUUUUAGUGCUACAACAAACUGUGAUCGAUUGCCCGUUGCGCGAUAAAUAACCCGAAUGGAUAUUUGACGAAAACAAGUGCAGCAAAGUUUCCCUUCCGAUCCCCAAUCGCUAAUGUUUUGAUUUUUGUGGUGAUGAUUAUGCGAUGCAUCGACGUCGUAUUCCGGAAGAAGCAGCAAACGAGUCGUUUUCAGUGGUCACGAUAGGUGGUGGGGACACGGUUGAACCACCGGUGCAAGAAUACAAGGAAAAGCCCAAAUAUCCGCAGGCGAACGGGGGCUCCGCCAGCAGCUGGUUGCCGUCGAUUCCGCAAAAGUUUAUCUCAAGCGUCAUUUCCGCUGGCCACUCGUUUGGAACCGGAUUGUCGUCUCCGGGACCACAGGCACCGCCACAGGUUGGUUAUUCCGUCGGUGGGGGAAACUAUUUUGACGAGCAGGAACGCGAGGACGACGACGACGAACCGGAAUUCAUCAUGACUGCGCGGGACAGAUCGACAGAGUUUGCGAACGCGAUUCGGUCGCUGCAGGGCCGGAACAUUCAGCGGGCGGUCAAUGUGCGCGAUCCGCGCAAGGCCAAGCAGCUCCAGAGCUACUCGGAGUUUAUGAUGAUCGCCAAGCACAUCGGGAAGAACAUUGCCAGCACUUAUACGAAGCUGGAGAAGCUGACGAUGCUGGCCAAACGUAAAACCCUGUUUGACGACCGGCCGGCCGAGAUCCAGGAGCUGACGUACAUCAUCAAGGGCGAUUUGAACUCGCUGAACCAGCAGAUUGCGCGGCUGCAGGACGUGUCCAAGUCGCAGCGCAAGUCCACGACCGGGAAGCAUUUGCUCUCACAUUCCUCAAACAUGGUGGUCGCGCUGCAGGCCAAGCUCGCCAACAUGAGUUCCGACUUUAAGCAGGUGCUGGAGGUGCGAACGGAAAAUCUCAAACAGCAAAAAACGCGACGGGAUCAGUUCAGUCAGGGCCCAAUCUCGAGCAGUUUGCCACCGUCGACGAUGCGUGGCUCGACGCAGGGUAGCUUGCUGCUUCAGGAGCAGCAGGACCAGAUCAGCAUCGAUAUGAACGCCCCCGGUGGGUCCAACUCGGAGCGAGCCCCACUGCUUCAGCAGCAGCAACAGCAACAGCAGCUCGUGCUGUACGACGAAUCGGACAGUUACGUGCAGGAGCGCGCCGAAACGAUGCAGAACAUUGAAAGCACGAUCGUCGAGUUGGGCGGAAUUUUCCAACAGCUGGCCCACAUGGUCAAGGAGCAGGAAGAAAUGGUCGAGCGAAUCGACACCAAUCUUCAGGACGUGGAGAUGAACGUGGAAGCGGCUCACGGCGAGAUUUUGAAGUACUUCCAGUCGGUGACCAAGAACCGCUGGUUGAUGAUAAAAAUCUUUGGCAUUCUGAUACUGUUUUUCAUAUUCUUCGUUAUAUUUUUGGCCUGAGCAGCUGCUGCACGAAGUGUUGGUAUUACUUGUCCUUUCUUUCGAAUCGAGCACGCGCUAGUACUAGCAAUUGAAAAGGGUUAAUUUCUUGAUGUACAUAUUUAACACGGUUAUUAAUACAAAUAAAAGCUAUAAUCUUUUAUACAGUU